AUGGAGGCUGCGCUACAGAACUUCGGCGAGUUUUGCAGACAAUUGACGCACGACAUGGCAGCCGCCAACGCUGCCCGCGCGAUGGCCAAAGCGACGGCUCGGGCUGCUGCCGUCGAGGCGGUGACGAAGCAGACCACCGUAGAGGUGGCUGUUGCCGAGGCCAUUUCAUGCCACGCCCUCAAUGGGUAUCCCGCACCUGAGACAAUGUGA